AUGAAGAACGUCCUUUCUGUUCAGUCUCACGUUGUCCACGGUUACGUGGGUGGUAGAGCUGCAACUUUCCCCCUACAGUUCCUUGGUUGGGACGUUGAUAACAUCAAUACCGUCAAUUUCUCCAACCAUACGGGAUAUGGGUUCGUUAGAGGCUCUGCCGUUACCGCCAGCGACAUGUCUGCAUUGUUUCAUGGUCUUGUGGACGUUAAGUGUCAGUAUGAUGCGAUAAUCUCGGGCUAUAUUCCUUCAGCGGAACUUAUCGAUAUCUUGUCCGGAAAUGUCGUUCUGCUCAAGACUAACAACUCAUCAUCGAUCUAUGUCUGUGACCCUGUCAUGGGUGACCAAGGCCAUCUCUAUGUGGACGAUGCUUGCGUUGAAGCUUACAGGAAACUUCUCAGCAUGGGUUAUGUGGACAUUAUUACUCCAAACCAGUUUGAGUUGGAGCUUCUUAGCGGCUUCAAGAUCACUAACGAAAAAGAGCUCAGAGAAGCUACAGAACAUCUUCAUAAGACUUGUAACAUCAAGCACAUUGUCAUUACUAGUUUGGGAAGUGAAUUUUCCUUCAGCAACAAGAACGAUCCUGAUUCCAUCUACUGUGCUGUGUCGUCCAAAGAUGCGCUCAACAUGACAUACUAUAAGAUUCCGGUAAUCAAAUCCUACUUCACAGGCGUUGGCGAUCUUUUCACAGCACUUCUUCUUGACAAGUUCUACAACAAUCCUGAGAACAUCGGUCUUGCUGUGAACCAGGUACUCACAAUCAUGGCCGAUGUGCUUAAGCUCACUCAUAAGUUGGGCCUUGAGGAAUUUUGCAAAUACAAGAAAAUCGCCAUUCCCGAGGAGGGCGAUAUUUUAGAAGGCAAAAUGAACGAUGCAGAUUCAAUGAGAUUUUUCGAACUUCGAAUCAUCCAAGCAAGAGACUACUAUAGCUAUACCGGUGAUGGUGUCUUCCAUCAAGUAUCCAAGUAA